UUCUUGCAAAUAGUACGAUUAUUUUUAUAGAUUCCAAGUUGAAGUAAAAAUUAUUAAUGCGAAACGAGAAUAAAUCGGUUUUCACAUUCGUGAAAUUUACAUAUAAAUUCAUAACGGAGAAAAUAUAGAGAAUGCGAUAUACCUGACUUAUUUUUAAGAAACCACGUCUUUGUCGCAGGGAUUCAAUAUCCAACCGCGUUGGAUAUAUUGAACCCCCGGUUGCCUCGCGCGAGGACGAAAAAUGCGGCGUAUUCGCGGACGCGUUUCGCAAGCGGUAAAUUCGAUCGCGCGUCGCGCGGCAUCGCAAGCCGAGAUGAAAGUUUUGCCGUGAUCUCCUGCGGAGUCCUUAUUACUCGCGGGAGCCUCCGCAGACUCUACGCAGGUGGGGUACGUUAUAUGUACGUACGUGGCGUGACGAGAAGGGGGAUGCUGAAAUUCAUGCACUGCCGUUCGCCGUAACGUUCUCCACGCGAACCGGAUCAGUCCGUAGCUGCAUCCACGAGGCGUCUCGCGAUUCCAACUAGAUCCCAGAACUCGGGUUCGUCCGAAAAAAAAGGAAGAGGAAGAUCGACUGGUGAUCCGAUCUGCGCGGGUGUGCACAGUGACUCGCGAUCAGUCAUCGGGGUCUCGAUCGGGGCGGUGCUCGACUCGCGAAACUGCACUGCGAUGACGAUGACGAUAACGACGGUGUUCCUGCUCCUCGCGGCGACGUCGGCAGUCGGCGCUCUGCCGCUCGCCGAUGUACACGUGAAGUUCGUGUCGCCCCCGAAUGUGUACGAGCACAGCAUUACGACGGACGGGGAUCGUACUUUCGCCCAGAAGUCGUUCAUCUCGAUCGGCCGGAGAAGCACGGCGAAGCUACCCAAGAAUCUCGAUUACAAUUACAGACCGAGCUUACAGCGGAGUUACUCACGGCAGGCGAUACCCGUAACAAAUCCCGGAAACGUCGAGUCCCUGUGGCCGGUCGGUGUAUUCCUGCCACCGAUCGACGUCAACGAUCUCGGGUACAGCUGGUACGAGACACGACGCGCCCAACCCGACGUUUACAAAUUGCGCGCACGAGAUCCGUAUUUGUUAACCGGCCGUGAAGCGAUGAUGGCGGUUAAAUACCUUUACGGAUUGGGUGAACUUUUCUUCGACGAUUAUCCGCACGCAGUGGCGUUGCUGCGACAUCAGGAGGAGAGGAUGCUGAAUGGCCUGCACGGACACGUCCUCAGCAGUCUGAAUCCUAGAUUUCCGUUUCAGAGGAAAGGAGUCAGGGGCAAUUAAGCUACGUAGCGAUAAUAGCGAUCCGGCCGAAAACUUGUUUAAACUCGAUUCGCGGGCCUAUUGAGCUCGAGAGAAUUCGUAGAUACUUUUUUUUUAUUACAAUUUCCAGAAAUUUGUGAUAUACACUGAAACAAAA